UCCCCCAAUAAGCCCCCAAGCCACCAACUCUCUCCCCUUGAAAACCCGGUGAGAUCUUGAUGAAAUUUCUCCUUCUCUCUUGCUUAAUCACAAGAUUUGGGGCUUAGAAUUCUCUCCCUCAACCCAGAAAUCCCGGAUCUGCUCUGCUUCUUCCUCCCUUGUCCGUCGGGUUCUGCUGGGUUUGAAUCCUUCGGCUUUUUCUGAAAUACAGACCCCACAAAACAUAACAUGUGCACAAAACUGAAAAUCAUGGAACAGAACAAAACUUAUUCUUCUCCCACUGAGCUUUCUGAGGGCAAUUCUUGGCGAUAUAGUCCUUGGCUUUGCAUAUAAAACAUCUCUCAUCAGGCUUCAUGCCAGGGACUCUAAGUGGGUGUCUUUUGAUCCCUUUCUUAAUGGGUUUAUUGGGGUCUUUUGGUUCUUUACAUUCUGCCUUCUUUCGCUUGAACUUGCUCUUCUUCUUCUUUUCAUUUGGGUCUUUUGGCUCUGGUUUUGGAAACAGUUCUGGGUGUUCCUCUUUCUAUCUCUUCCGAGCUAAUUUCUGCCUUUUGCUCACCAUAUCGGGAGGGUGAGGCUUUGAGGUU